CUGUGGACGCCCUCCUUGCUGUCUUAUAGAGUAGUAAUAGAAUUAAGCACGUACUAGAAACGAAGGUCAGGCCCCCCCAUGCAUGGUCAAUCGGCAUUCACCCGGCGCCGCAUUGCUACCCGCAGGGAACAGGGAAGAGUGACGGAGCAGCUACGUUCCUCUUUCCACGUCGUCUCCCUAGCUACACCUCAUCGCCUCAUAAAAACCCCCCGGCCCUCGCUCCGGUAGUCUCAGCUACCUCACCACACCACGCCACUCGGCUCCUCCUCGCACAGUCACACUCCUCCCGGCCGGCAGCAGCUCUCUACUGCCAACCAACCAACUCCACCCCGCAGCAUCAGGAGUACGUACGUAUAGGGACGAGCCAAGGAGCCAUGGCCAUGGACGACUCAUCCUCCGGCUCCGAGCCCACCUCCUCGUCCUCCGCGGAGGCUCCUGCGUCCCCGGGUACCACCGCGUCGUCGUCCUCCGACUCCUCCUCCUCCUCCUCCGCCACGGCGGCCAGCAGCAAGAAGCGCCGGCGCACCACGGACGGGCAGCACCACCCGACGUACCGCGGCGUGCGCAUGCGGGCCUGGGGCAAGUGGGUGUCGGAGAUCCGGGAGCCGCGCAAGAAGUCGCGGAUCUGGCUCGGCACCUUCGCCACGGCCGAGAUGGCGGCGCGCGCGCACGACGUGGCCGCGCUGGCGAUCAAGGGCCGCGCCGCGCACCUCAACUUCCCGGAGCUCGCGGACGAGCUCCCCCGCCCGGCCACCGCCGCGCCCAAGGACGUCCAGGCCGCCGCCGCGCUCGCCGCCGCCGCAGACUUCCCGGCGCCCGCCGCCAAUAAUAAUGCAGCCGGCGCCAGGGACCCCGAUGGCGGCGCCUCGCCGGCGGUGGCACCGCUGGACGACGACGCGCUGUUCGACCUCCUCCCCGACCUGCUCCUCGACCUCAGACACGGGGCCUCCUCGUGCCAGCUCUCGUGCGCGCCGUCGUGGCCGUACGACGACGUGUCCUUCUCCGGCACCGCCGCCGCCGGCGCGUUCCGCCUGGAGGAGCCGCUGCUGUGGGACUAUUGAGUCCGAUAAAAAAAAACACGACGAUCAGGUUAGGCCAUGCGGCUUCGAGCUGCAUCGUACUUAUGUGGCUAUGGACUGUAAAUUGCGGCAGUGGACCACAAGAGAGCGUCGAUGCGAACCAUGCAGCGUUGGACCAGCAGAAAUGGACCCUAAUUAGAGCCAUUUCUUUUCUCCUUUGCGUCUGCUCCUCCAGAUUUAGAAAGCAAACCAUGUAUAUAUAAAAAAAACACUCGUCCCCGCGGGCACGUUCCUUUCGCUGCUCCAGUCUUUGCUUGCAUUGUGGGGCAAGAAUAUGGUGCACGACUAACCGCGCAUCUAGCUCCUUGAGUCCUUUUAUUCUCCGCGCUGUCCAUUGGUUGGGGAUAUAUUAAUAAAAAAAAAACCUUUUAGUA